AUGGCCGACAACCAGGUCUCACCGCCUGAACCGGAGGAACAAGCGCUCUCACUAGCAGAUAUCAGGGCGGACAUCAGAGCCCUAACCAGCUCUAUGGUCAUGGAAAUGGACCUGAAGAGCACCUCUGACACACUCCAUGAGGCGAUAUGCUUGGAAGUGGCUAUGCUCGGGAAUGACAUAGCAGCACAAGGCAACCGCAUCCAAGUACUGAAGGUUGCAGAACAGGCGAUGACUGGCCUAAUAGAAGCUGACAACCCAGCAAUUACCAGACAAGGUACCAUCCUAUUAAACCUCAGACGGCAGGCUGAAGAUUUAGAUAAUAGGGGGCGCAGAUCCAAUAUUAGGAUACGCAAUCUCCCUGAACCUAAUGGAGACGAAAAUGUAGAGGCCACACUAACAACUCUGUUAGAAGAGAUACUAGGCCCAGACACACCGCCCAGCAUAACAUUUGACAGGGCACACCGAGCAACAAGGCCGAGAACAGCUGACAACUCGCCCAGAGACAUAAUCUGUUGUCUGCAUGAAUACAGG